AUGUCUAUGCUUCACGAUGUGUCAGGCGGCGUGCUCACGUCGAAGAAUCAUCUGAAAACUGCUGCGGGAGUCGCUACAGACCCCGGUGGUGAUGUGCGCGGGAACAUUGCGCGAAUUACCGCGAGGGCCCGUCAACUGCUUGCCGAUGACACGGACACACGUGUGGUGCGUAACGGCCUGAGUGCAUAUGAGACAUCGCGGAAAGUGGCGGCUGAUAUCUCGACGCGUGCGAGGACCCCCGGGCAAACCGGCCCGACGCAGGCAUCGGUAGAACUCUUCAUGGCCAGCCUUGGGUUUAACCUCAACGAGCAACAGCGUCUCCUGCAGCAGCUGCAGGCCAACCAGUUGCCGCUUACAGUCACGGGUGAUGUUUGCACGGCCAC